GCCAACAUUAUGCGCUGGCAGUUGGCGAUCUUGUGGCUUUUCGUCUCGGUCUCGGCCUCAGCCGCACCACUGACAAAGUGGCGCCGUCAGAUAGUGACGCCCAAGCAUCUGAUGGGUCCACCAGCGGCGACCGCCUCACAGGCCAAGGUGGUGGUCACCCAGCAGAAGCUGAGGGAAGUGGCCCACCUGAGGGCCAUCAUCCAAAAGGCCGUCGAUGAGGACACCUAUGUGGUGGCCGCUCCGCCACCGCAGGAUUUCCUAACCAGCCUUGGUGGCAGUUGGCCAGCACCUCUAUCGCUGCCACAGCCCUGGACUCCGCCAGUGUUUAACUUUACCCUCUUUUGGCCCAGACUCGGCUGA